UUUCUGUUUUUUAUAAAGAAAUGCAAUUAAUAUUAUGCAGAAUUGAGUUAAGCAUUUUGGCCCGGCCCUCCACAAUAUUUUCCUUUUUCUCAUGUGACCCCAUAGAAUAAAUAAUUGCCCACCCCUGAUCUAGAUUAUUAAAGAUGCCCAUAAACCUAAACCACUAUCUGCCAUCUUCUGUUUAUAUUAUUUUCAAGCCUGGGCAUGUGUGACAAGAAAAAUAAGACACAUAGUUUCAUUACAACAUUAAGUAAUUUUAUUUUGCACCACCAAGUAUGUAUAAUUUUUUGUGUGUGUGUGUUGGCACAUGUUGGAAGGUUGUGCGUAUCUUUUUUAUUUAGAGUAGAGUUUUAUUUACUCCUAUUCAUUUAUGUCAACUGUAACAUAGUAACCUUUGAGUGUGAAUAGCACUCACUACUGGUGAAGCUGCCAGGAGUUGUAUGUAAUCCUGCACGUACCAGCGUCACAUGCCAUCAGCCUGAUCCCUAAAGACACCAGCCAACCAGUUCAAAGUUCUCCGUGAUCAGGAAUGUUUAAAUAGUUUCCAUAAUAUACUUGAUAUAGAUAUUCCUGACAUUGUUAUAACAGUGUUUAUAAAUAGAAUAUAAAUAAUACAGUUCUGCGUAUUUAUGCAGUUGAUUGGUUGAAGGAUUGAGAGGGUGGGGUAUACAAUGUGACAUCUGAACUGAGGUAGUAUAAAUAGGAUAUUGUGCUACAUUUUCCUGGCUAGGAGAUGGAAUAACUGGAACCACUAGAAACACUGCUGUUGUAGAGAUCUGACGAUUUGAAUCCAGUGCUGCAAAAUCAGUACAGCAAAAUGGAAGUAGCCGACUCAAGUGUCCUCCCAGUAGUGGGUAUUGGCUCUAUGGCGCACUCUGCUGGACUGUUGGAGAUUGCAGUUCGGCUCUGCCUAAACCAGAGUAAACAGCUUUGUCCUCAUGUCUGGGUUCCCAUCCUGAAGCCGUUGCGCCCCUGCAUUCGAGCUCAAAUUCCCCCUGAGACUUUCAGCCACUCAUUUUUGUCCUUUUGGGAUGAGUUUGACGAUGACGAUGUUGAAGUAAUUCCACUCAAGAACAAGCAUGUCAUGUUUGCAGACUCUAAGGGUUUGUCUUUGACUGAUGUCCGGAUGUUCUCUGAUAGAGAAGAGCCUUCAGAUUUAGCCAUACUGCCAUCUUUUCAAGGUUUAAACCUAACAGGGGACAGCUACAGCUGCACAGUCAGCACUUGUUGCCCUGGCACACAACUCAAAUUGGGGUUUCCUCAGCCCUCUGUGGACUUCCAGUUGUUUCGUGCCAAACUGGAAAAAAGUAUGGUCAUCCUGGAAAACUGCAGUGUCACUGAACAGGCUCUGCAUGGGACUCUUCGGGUUAAAAACAUUUGCUUUCAUAAAGAUGUGCAUGUACGCAUCACUUUUGACUCCUGGUACAGUUUUAGGGAUGUCCCAUGUGUAUAUUUGCCAAAACGAUUUGGUGGGCCACAGACUGACAUCUUUAAAUUUGAAGUCCCAAUUCCCAAAGUACUUGAUGCAAAGAGGAAGAUAGAGUUUUGUUUAAAAUAUUUACCAGGGGGCCAUAGUGAGUCUUUCUGGGACAAUAAUAAUGGACAGAAUUACAGCAUUCUUAUAUGUGUAAAUUCACACCUCUGUCAGGGAAUGUAUCCAAAGUAAAUGGCAUGAAAUUGUUAUUCUCCAUUUACAGCAAUAUUCCUUAAUAGUUUAAUUGUCUAAUAAAUCAUCAUCAUCUUGUGUCCGCUUUGGUCAAUUGUAAACUGUUGACAAAAGGCAUGUGUGGCCUUGUUCAGAACAGAGGAGAGGUAUUUCAGUCUGACCUUAUGGAAUGGGCAGGUGAGG